UCUCUGUGACGUGUCGCGGAGUCGCCCAUAGGGUUCGGUGUGGUGAGGGGGGCCUGCUUCUCUCUUUGUGAGAACAAGGGAGUGAGGGAGGAAGGAGGCCGAGGAGGAGGCCAGGACUGAGCAAAGACUAAAGUAAGACUGAAAGGGGAGGUGAGGGGCAGACUGGUUGGUGGCAGCAGCCUGUACCGGAAGCGCCGGCGGCAGCGGAGGGGACACACCGUGAGGCAGCUACUUUACUAGGCCGCAGCCGCCAUGGCGAUGAAUUUUGGGGACCAUGCCAGUGGUUUCCGCCACAAUGAUGUGAUCAGGUUCAUCAACAAUGAAGUCCUCAGGAACGGCGGCGGCCCAGCCUUUUACGUGGCCUUCCGCUCGCGGCCGUGGAACGAGGUAGAGGACCAGCUUCGGGCCAUUGUGGCCGACCCACGGGUGCCGCACGCCAUCAAGAGGGCCUGCACCUGGAGCGCAUUGGCUUUGAGCGUGCAAGUGGCCACGAGGCAGCGGGAGCAGCUGCUGUGCCAGGUUCGGCGGCUGCAAGGGCAUGUGGAGGAGCGCCAGGCGGCCUCCUGGGCUCUAACCUCCCAGCUGCAGCAGCUGCGCCUGGAGCAUGAGGAGGCGGCAACACAGCUGCACCUCACGCAGGCUGCCCUGCAGCAGGCGCUGAAUGAGCGUGAUGGGUUAUGCGGGAGGCUGCACGAAGUUGAGAGAUCCAUGCAGGUCUAUCCGAUGCCUCAGGAUUUUGUACCUGGUCCAGAAGCUGGCCAGUAUGGGCCUGUGGCCGGGACUUUAAAUGCAGAACAGAGUGAGGCGGUGGCCACAGAGGCACUGGGAAUGCCACAUUCGGAAGCCCAGAUAGCAGCCCCAACAGCUAUGUUUUACACACCUGAACCCCAGAGUGGCUGGGUCCAGGGCAUGCAACCCCUUCUGCCAAUGCAGGUGCCUCAUCCAGUCCCAUUCCAUGUGCCUUCACCAAUGGGACUGCCAUACUCAACACCUCUACCACCUCAGGUAGUAAUGGAAUCAGCAGCAGCAGUUGCACCACAGAUGCCUCCUGCGGGAAUCUAUCCACCUGGUCUUCGGGCCACAGUGGGGUCCCAGGAGGAGACUGCCCCUCUGUGGGACCAGAGGUGCCAUGGCCAGGAUGGAUAUCCUGAGAAUUUCCAGGGGAUAUAUCACCCAGGGGAUAACAGAAGCUGCAGCCAAAAGGAAGGUUCUGAGUGUCCCCAAGGAAUGACCUCCCAAGGGGACAGCAGCAGCCACAGCCUGAAGAAAGAUCCAGUGAUGCAACAGGGCACAGCUCCUCCAGAGUUCAGCAACAGCCACAGCCUGCAGAAAGAUCAAGUGAUGCCCAAGGAGAUAUUCCCCCUAGGGGACAGCAACAGCCACAGCCUGAAGAAAGAUCCAGUUGUGCCCAAGGAGACAGUCCCCCUGGGGGAUAACAACAGCCACAGCAUGAAGAAAGAUCCAGUGAUGCCCCAGAAGAUAGUCCCCCUGGGAGAUAGCAGCAGCCACCACCUGAAGAAAGAUGCAGUGAUGCCCCAGAAGAUGGUCUCCCUGGAGGACAGCAACAGCCACAGUCUGAAGAAAGGUCCAAUGAUGUGCCAGGAGAUGGUCCCCCAGGGGGACAACAGUCAUAGCCUGAAGAAAGAUCCAGUGGUGCCCCAGGGCACAGCUCCCCUGACAUUUAGCAGGAGGCACAGCCUGAAGAAAGAGCCAGUGAUGCCCAAGGAGAUGGUCCCCCUGGGAGACAGCAACAGCCAUAGCCUGAAGAAAGAUCCAGUGGUGCCCCAGGGCACAGCUCCCCUGAUCUUAAGCAGGAGACACAGCCUGAAGAAAGAGCCAGUGAUGCUCAAGGAGAUGGUCUCCCUGGGGGGCAGCAACAACCAAAGCCUGAAGAAAGAUUCAGUGGUGCCCCAGGGGACAGCCUCCCUGGGGUUUAGCAGGAGCCACAGCCUGAAGAAAGACUUAGUGAUGUCCAUGGAGAUGGUCCCCCUGGGGGACAGCAACAACCAUAGCCUGAAGAAAGAUCCAGUGAUGCCCAAGGAGAUGGUCCCCCUAGGGGACAGCAACAGUCACAGCCUGAAGAAAGAUCCAGUGGUGCACCAGGAGAUGGUCCCCUUGGGGGACAGCAAGAGCCACAGCCUGAAGAAUGAUAUAGUGACACCCAAGGAGAUGGUCCCCCUAGGGCACAGCGACAGCCACAGCCUGAAGAAAGAUCCAGUGGUGCACCAGGAGAUGGUCCCCUUGGGGGACAGCAACAGCCGCAGCCUGAAGAAAGAUCCAGUGGUACACCAGGAGAUGGUCCCCCUGGGGGACAGCAACAGCCACAGCCUGAAGAAACAUUCAGUGAUUCCCCAGGGCACAGCCUUGCUGAGAUUUAGCAAGAGCCACAGCCAGAUGGAAGAUCAGGAGAUGCCCCAGGCAACCCCUCUGGAGGAUAGCAAGAGCCAUGGUGUGAAAAGUAGCCCAUGGAAACACCAGCCUCAGGGGCAGAAGGUCAAGCAACGAAAAAGGAAAAAGGCCUCAGAAUCCCAGCAACAGAAGCCUGCCUCCUGCUCCAGCCCAGUGAAUUGGGCCUGCCCAUGGUGUAAUGCCUUGAAUUUUCCACGGCACAAGGCCUGCUAUAAAUGCAAGAGAGUCCGUAUGCCAGUUGAGAAUGGCAUUGACCCAGUGUAA